UAGCUGCAUUGUAACAUGCGGCUCUUUUCGUUUGUCAGAAACGGUUUCUGAUAAGAUAAACGUAGGUUCCAAGACGUUUUUCUAGUGUUCCUGGUUUCCACGUCUCUUGUUCAAAUCUCGUCUUACAUAAAACCCAGGAUGCCUGUCCUGUGCAGCAGCUGCUCCGAGAAGCGCGCUGUGCUGAAACGUCCAAAAACCGGCCACUCUCUGUGUAAGGCGUGCUUCUUCUGGGCGUUUGAGGAAGAGGUGCAUCGGACCAUUGUGGCGGCAAAGCUCUUCAGACCCGGGGAGACCGUUGGCAUCGCCGCCUCGGGUGGAAAGGACUCCACUGUGCUCGCACACGUCAUGAAGCUUCUGAACGAGAGGCACAGCUACGGACUUGAACUCAUGCUCAUAUCCGUGGAUGAGGGAAUCACCGGUUACCGAGACGACUCCUUGGAGACGGUGAAGAGAAACCAACAACAAUACGAACUGCCGCUGAAGAUUGUCUCGUACGAGGAGCUGUACGGCUGGACGAUGGACGCCAUAGUGAAGCAGGUGGGACUGAAAAACAACUGCACCUUCUGCGGGGUGUUCAGGAGACAGGCGCUGGACCGAGGAGCCGUUAUGCUAAAAGUGGACAAGAUUUGUACAGGUCACAAUGCCGAUGACGUGGCAGAAACGGUUUUAAUGAACAUCUUGCGUGGGGACAUAGCUCGUCUACGUCGCUGCACCGCCAUUUCCACAGCCAGCGAGGGCGACGGAGUCGUGCCUCGCUGCAAACCCCUUAAGUACGCCUAUGAGAAAGAGAUUGUCCUGUACGCCUACUUUAAGAAACUGGACUACUUUUCAACAGAGUGCAUAUACUCCCCUAACGCCUAUCGAGGCUACGCAAGGACCUUCCUCAAGGACCUGGAGAGUAUACGGCCCAGCUCAAUAAUGGACAUCAUCCACUCCGGUGAGAACCUGUCUGUUCGCGAGGGGGUGAAGAUGCCGGUCCAGGGGACCUGCAGCCGCUGCGGCUACAUCUCCAGCCAGGUGCUCUGUAAGUCAUGCGUGCUGCUGGAGGGCCUGAAUCGCGGUCUGCCUAAGCUGGGCAUAGGGAAGCACCACCGCCUGCACGAGAAGAUUCUCUCCCAGCAGCCUCUGACAGAGCGCGAGAAGAGGAAGCUCAAAUCAGUAGACUUUUGAUGGUAUCUAUGUGUUUAUCUAAAGGUUUAAGAUGAAUUUUUUUAAGCAUAGUUUCAGCAGCAACAGCUUUCAACUGGAGUGUUGAAUGUGCUUUUUACUGGAGUUAUGAAAUUAAUAUUUUCUACCGACUAUACAUCAUUUCAUACUCGCUUUGACAACUGGUAGUUUAAAUAAUCGGUGACAUUUGAGCGUUCUCUCUUGAGAAAUCAUGAAAAGCUUAACCAUAAAGAAAAGUAACAUAAGCAUUGGUUUAAGGAAAUGGAAGAAUGGGACAAACUGAUCCAGAGAUGUUUUAUGAACUAUAAUAAAUUAUUUUUUGAUCCACA